CUUCAAUCAAAUCCAUUCCAUUUCCCAACUCCAUCCAUUCCUCGCUGCCACCAUUAACAUUCAAUUCAUUCAUUAACCUUGCACCAGUUUCUCACUCACGUGCCACUCACGUGUCCUCUCUCUUCGCACCUUCUCAAAACAAAACACAUAAAUAUUAUACACCAAAAACUCUCACACACACUCCUCAACUCUUUAAUACUACUAUUUCAAUUUCUUAACGUCGUCGUUUCAAACAUUAUGGAUACAGAUACAGUUACACCACCGUCACCUUCCCGUUCUUCUUCGUUACAGAAUAUCAGUCCAAGCAUUCUCAUUAUCGUUACGGUUCUCGCCAUCACAGUUAUCGUUUCUCUUGCUAUCUGUUUCCUUCUCCGCCACCUCAACUGUAACUGUCUCCGCCGUGUUUCCGCCGAUCCAUAUCCGGUAAUCAUUGUAUCGCCUCCCAGCCGGAGAAUCUCACCGGAAAUACCUCCUUCAGUCAUUGACUCCUUGCCUCUGUUCCCCUACUCCUCAAUAUCUCGCCGAUCUUCCACAGUCACCGCCGCUGACUGUGCAGUAUGCUUGUCAAAGUUCCGCAACAGCGACCUCCUCCGUUCUCUACCUCUCUGUUGCCACGCGUUCCACGCUGAGUGCAUCGACACAUGGCUCCGUUCAAAUCUCUCGUGUCCGCUAUGUCGCUCUUCCAUAUUUCCUUCUGAUUCCGACCUCGCGAAGAUUCUUCCGUCUACGUCCUCCGACAGUUUUCGAAUCGAAAUAGGAAACGUGAGCCGGCGAGGAACCAAUGCCGAAUCCGUCGGCGACGCAAGAUCAUAUUCCAUUGGAUCAUUCGAGUAUUAUGUAGAGGAGAUGUCAGAAGUUUCAGUCACACAAGAUCACCGGAGAAGUAUCUCAGAUCAGAAAGAUAUUCACAUUCCGGUACCUGAGAAUCCUUCAAUGUUACACGAAACGUUAGAAACCGUCGGUGGAAAUGCCGGAAGUGGAUACUGGUUGAAGGAGUACAUGGACAGACUUUCGGCUUCUAUAUCGUCGAGGACGGCGUCGUUUCGUAGCUCCGGUAGGUUCUUCAGUGGCGGUGGUGGAAGUAGUCGCAGAAUUGAGCCGGUUGAAUAUGACGUGGAUGGUAACCGAAUUGGUGAAGAGAUUACCGAAAUGUUUCGCUGGCUUUCGUCAGGGGUAUGAUUGUUAAUUUACAUAAUUAACAUUUAGGUUUAAUUUUGAUAGUAUAUAAUUUUUACUUUUUGUUUUUUCAAACAUUCCUUUGUUUGUUACUACUAUAUGGCUUCCAUUUUGAUUUUCUUUUAAGGCUUUAGAACAAAUUUAGUGCAAGAGAUUAGAAUAUUUGGAUUUAAAACAUGCAUUCUUUUAUGAAUGCAUAUGAUAAUAUAGUAUCAUAAUAAUUA